GUCAACAAUCGGCUUGUUUAUUGAAUUUGUAAAUUAAUACAGUAAUAAGCAUCAAUUACUGUAGUUUUGUUGUAACUACUCUGCUAUAAAUCAACCUUAAGCAAAAUGGCACCAGGUAACUGCGUAGUGAAAGGCUGCAAGACGACACUUCUCAACAAAGGGCCCGCCACUAACUUCCAUCCAUGUCCAAGUUCAUUGGAAAUGAGGAAUAAAUGGUUACAAAUUCUGAAGAAUAGGUGUACUAUACUGGAUUGGGCUAGAAGUAGAAUUUGUUCAAAACAUUUUGAGAACAAGUACUUUGAUGCCCAAAGAAGACUGAAACCAAAUGCCGUACCUACAUUGUUCCCAGCAAUGGGAGCUGAUUCUUCUAAGACUUUUGUUAAGAAUACUAACUCUUCUAGCUCUAAGUUGGACAAGGCUCUUAGCCGGAUGACACAGGCAGAACUCAUGUCGGAUGUCAAGUUAACUUUACUUCGAAUGAAAGAACCCAUUAAUUUGAGUGAAUUUGUCUAUGAUGACAUGAAAUGUAAGCCUGAUGCCCCAAUGGAAGCUAAACUGUGGGUAUUGAUCAAGAAACAAGAAUAUUUGAAUAAUUUGCUGACUGAGGCAGUUGUAAAAAAUAAUAGAAAUCUUGAAGUUCUACAGAAGAAUAUGACUGAUAAUAAAUCGGGCCGAAAAGAAAUGGAACAAAACACUGAGAAUUAUAAGUAUAUUAUUAAAUGCCUGCAAGAGAAACAAGCCACUUUAGAAGAACAGGUUGAAAUACUGACCGCUGUUGAGUCUCGGUAACAUAAUAAUCAAACAUAUUUUAAGUAAUUACACUAGACAAACUGAAUGUUUCAGUUAUUUCAUGAAGUAAUAUUAGUUUUCAUUUUGCAUUAAAUAUUACAUAAGAUUUUUGCUGAUAUGUUGUGUGUUGUCUAUAACAUCUCCAUGAUUAAUUAGUACUUGGACUUUGGUAAAUAAAGACACAGAUAAUUA